AUGCUGUACGCGGAUGAUGUGUGGCCGCACAUCCUGGAGCAGGGCGAGGAGUUCAACCUGCGCGUCAUAGCGCCGAGCCACAUCAGGCGGCUGGAGGCGGGCAUACUGUCUUACGGGCAGGACAUGGACAUCGAAAACAACCCGUUCGAGGUUCGGCUGGGCUGGCAGGUUGACCUGAGCAAGGACGACUUCGUGGGCAAGAAGGCGCUGGCGAAAAUCAAGGAAGAGAGAGUGCAGCAGCGACUCGUGGGCCUCAAGGUGGGCGGCGAGCCGAUUAGCUGGUACAACGAGAGCUUCUAUCUCGUCAAGGACUGCGACUCAGGGGAUGAUGUGGGCUAUGUUACCAGCGCGUUCUGGUCGCCGAGUAUGGGGUCGAACAUUGCGUUUGCGGUGAUGCCGCGCUCGCACUGGAGGCAGGGCACCGGCGUCAAGGUCGAGUUGCCUGCGGACGGCAUUGUGGACGCGGAGGUAGUGCGGGUGCCGUUCUUCGACCCGACGAAGGAAAUGCCUAAGACAGCCUUGUAA